GACGGUGAGCAAAACGCAUGCGCAGUGCGUGUGUACUCCAUGGUGUAUGGUUACAAAAGUGGCUUAGGGAAUUCCCCAGGAAAACACCUACGCAGACACACGGACUUUUCUGAAGAAACUGGGCAACAGCAAGCGGCUCACAUUGUGAGCAAUUUGUAGUUUUAUAAUGCUCCGGACAUGGAGGGAAUCUGAGGCUUGUGCUACGGCGCGUGCCGCUGUUGUUUGGGAAUUCGUCCAGAAAAAGCUCAUCUUCCCCUGAAAACAUCAACAGUGUCAGACCGAAUCCGUCUGGAUAGAAGCGAAAACGGUGCACCUCGUCGCUUAGAUAGUUGUUUGUCAGCAAAGGCAGUUUCUCUCGCUGCGGUUGACAAAAUAAAAACGGCCGAUUGAGAUAUAAAUGGAGGGGACGCAAGAUAUUCACGAUGAACCUCGUAGACAGUAUGCACGGCCUGGACCGAGCUACGACACGAUGGAGAAACGGGGGGCCUUGGACGCUGUCCCGGAGGACUGGUGCGACAGCGGGCUGGACUCCUUAAGCGGAGUCGGACUCGGUUUUGAGGGUCCCUUUACUUCUUACACCGAGGGCGAGCAGAUAUGGACACCUGGUCCGCCAGAUGAGUUCCAAAAGAAGACACCUGUAGACUGUUUGUCAAUUGGCGGCGGAGAAAGGCUUGAUUCUGCCAUCGAGGACUCGAUUAACGUUGAUGCGGUCAUGGGGAGUCUGUCCGACGGGAUCGGUACUAUGAUCCUGAGUGAGCCUGCAGGUACAGAUAGACUUAAUGUGUCAAACCCUGAGGAGGGUCGGCAGCGGAGGGAAGAGAUCUUCAACACGCUCAACUUUCUGUCAGAGGAUGGUGACACGGUUCUCCAUUUGGCGCUGAUUCAUGAGCAGUGGGGCUUUGUUCAGUACCUGCUUGAAGAAAUUGCUGGGGACAAUAGCUGGACUCCUUACCUGGACAUCCAAAAUGACCUUGGCCAGACCGCUCUACAUUUAGCAGUCAUCGUAGACCGGAGUGAGUGUGUUCGGGCGCUUUUGUGGAGUGGGGCCAGUGCAGAGCUCCAAGAGAGGGGCGGUAACACACCUUUACACCUGGCUGUAAGAGAGCUUCGCACAGAGUGUGUGAGAGAGCUGACCAGCUGCCCACGAACCCCUCCAGAGCACUUGAACAUCACCAAUUAUGCAGGUGUGAGUGCACUGCACCUGGCCGUGCUGAAGGGUAAUUGUGACAUCAUCCGAAUGCUGCUGGAGGCAGGGGCAGAUGCCAAUCAGCGGGAUCUGGGGUCAGGUCGGUCUCCAUUGCACUGGGCGGUGGAAGGUCAGAGGUCAGCAGUAGUGGAGUUACUAUUGAGUGCUGGUGCAGUGGUGAAUCAGCGCUCUUACGCAGGCCACACCCCACUCUAUUGUGCCCUCUACAGACCUAACAAAGAGGUGCAGGCCCUACUUAGUGCCAAUGGUGCCACAUACACACAGGAGGAUGAAGAGGAGUACAGAGUGAGUGAGGAGGAGGAGUUUGAUGACGUCAUCAUUAAUGGACAGCGGGUGCUGUAGCUGGAACGGACACUACUCUAGCUUUAGACGCUUUUAAUUCCAGCUGAAAGAUUGUGGUGUUUGAGUGUAUGUGGAAAAUGCUACUGUGUGUCUGUGUCUGUUUGUGCGUGUUAUUCGUUUUAAGGUACAGUAUGAUCUCCGUAUGCUGGUUUGGAUUCAGGCUGAUAUAAGUCUAUUGAGCUGUUCUGUUUUAAAAGUCUGUAGUCAUGGAGGAUCCAGGUUAUUUGAGCCUUUUAAAAGUAGAUAAAAACUACAAAAAUGGAGGCAGCUUUCCAUUUAGUAAAACAUCUCAUUGGCUCAUUUUAUGUGCAUAAUUAAGAACCUAAUCCCUAGAAUAUACCAAACUCCUUGCACGCUGCACAUGAGUGGCAUGACUGUGAUACUCUGAUUAGUGGGAAGAUUCAUUAUAGCCACAAAAUGUGUUGAUCUUCCUGAAUAAAACAGUGGCUUUUAUUCUUUAUUUUUAAAACAAAUUUAUUAGCAGGAUUAAGGUGAGGAAAUUAAGCGAAAAAGAAAGGUUUUUAAUAAACUGGUUAUUACUUAUGACUUUUGUACCUAAUAUUGGCUGUUUUUAUCAAGUGCAGUGUCACAAUUUCUAUGGUGACAACCUUUCCAACUAUCCAUUGUGUUUAUUUACAGUGGAUUUUUGUUGUUGUCUUAUAAUGGGGCUUAGGGGUGGUAGACAUGAGAUACACAAGAGGUGGAUAUGUUGGAUGGACAGUAGACCAGAGACGGUGUUUUUUUUAUGCGUACCAACGCAAAUAUAAAUAUGUACUACAAUGAAAGUGUUUACUGCACCCUCAAGAGAUACAGUCAUCUUAACAACAACACUGAAUCCCAUAAUACAACAAGCCAUUUUAUAACAAACUCACAAUUUAAAUGCAAAGAAACAGAAUCAGACCUAAAUUCUAGAUGAUGGGGUGUUCAUAUCUGAGAUUCAAUUAACAGUCAAACUAUGAUAUUGUUUGAAGUGUAAUGCAUCCAAUAAACAUUCCAAAUUACAUCAUCAAAAACAUGACAACAGAGUUUGUAUUUUUGGCACAUUACUUGAUUUAAAAUACACAACUAAUUUUUGCAAUUGAUAUAAAAGUGGUGAAUGGGGAUCUGUGUGAUGGCAUGAUGAUUGUGGACAUUUCCAGUCACCUAUUUUCUGUUUUGUUUGGGUAAGAAAGGAUAUUUUUAGCUGAGGAUGAUUGGUGCCCUCUGUUGGUGAUAUUGUAUCUGCUACUGCUGAUACUGCUUUUUUCAAAUUAGUACAGAUAUUUUAAAUUAGGGGUCCUGAUCAGCCUGUACUUGUCCUCUGUGAGUUGACCAUAUACUGUUGACAGAAUAAGUGUAAUCCUGUUUUAAAUUUAAAGAUUGAUGGUUAUUUGUCCAUUGAGAACAUGUCAUUGGAAAAGGUCAGGCUUGACCUUGUUCAGUUUAGGAAACCAGGCCAGAGUAUCAAGCGGGGAUAGACAGAAAAGAGAGAUCAUAGAGUAAGGAGAAUUCAUGUUGGAUUAAACAAGGAUAUAAAUGUCUUAAAGGUAGAGAUUUGCAGUUGAUUUUGAAAGCAUCUUGGUUUACAUUUGAAUGUAUCUUAUCCAUGUAUAAAGAAACAGGCUGCAGUGUGACAGAUCUUUCUCUCCUGUACAUAUUUCUCUUUACUUGGUGAUGAGUGAUGUGGUUUGAAAAACUCCAACCACGAAUUAGAAACCAUUCAAAUGUACAAUAAACAGACAAGUUUAAAUUAUGAGAAGAUCUGAAUCAUUUUCACAUGAUUAUUAUCACUCACAUAGUUAAACAGACCCCUCUUAAUGCUGAUGUAUUUUCUGUUUUUUCUGAACACAAAGCUUAAGAUAGCAGAAUAAAGUGUAUGUAGCUUGUUGCAGUUUUUGUAAUAUACUCUGAGCUUCGUUCAAAAGAGAACAUCCUGAAUAGA